AUGCUGCACCGAAGCUGCUCCGAGCGGCUGGUGACGCUGUGCCGCCACCGCGGCUUCAUUUUCCCGGGCUCGGAGCUCUACGGCGGCCUGGCCAACAGCUUCGACUACGGCCCGCUCGGCGUGCUCAUGAAGAAGAACGUGAUGGACCGCUGGUGGUUCGAGUUCGUGCAGAAGCGCCCCAACUGCGUGGGGCUCGACAGCUCCGUGCUGCUCAACUCGGCGGUCUGGACGGCCUCGGGCCACGUCGACAACUUCACGGACCCCAUGACGGUCUGCAGCAGCUGCAACUCGCGCGUGCGCGUGGACCAGCUGCUGGAGGCCAAGCUGCAGACCCAGGAGGAGAUCGACGCCGUGGCCACGCUGUCGCUGGCCGAGAUGGACGCGCUGCUCGUGGAGCACGACGUGGCGUGCCCCAACUGCAGCGAAAAGCGCAGCUUCCUGCCGGCCAAGAAGUUCAACCUGCUCUUCCGCACCAACAUGGGCGCCACGGACGAGACGUGCGAGUGGAUCUACCUCCGCCCCGAGACGGCCCAAGGCGCGUACAUCAACUUCGCCAACGUGCAGAGCACCAUGCGCAAGAAGCUGCCCUUCGGCGUGGGCCAGAUGGGCAAGAGCUUCCGCAACGAGAUCUCGCCCGGCCACUUCCUCUUCCGAACGCGCGAGUUUGAGCAGCUCGAGCUGCAGUUCUUCACGCACCCGGACGAGUCGGACGACUGGUACCUGUACUGGGUGGACCAGUGCUACGAGUUCCUGACCAAGUACGGCCUCAAGCCCGAGAACCUGCGCAAGCACGAGCACGCGCCCGAGGAGCUGGCCCACUACGCGCGCGCCACGACGGACAUCCAGUUCAAGUACCCCUUCGGCUGGAGCGAGCUGUGGGGCAUUGCCAACCGCACGAGCUACGACCUGAAGAAGCACAUGGACGCCAGCGGCAAGAGCCUCAAGUACCAGGACCUAGUGGCCAAGGAGGAGUUCCUGCCGCACGUCAUCGAGCCGGCGCUUGGAGCUGGACGCGUCAUGCUCUCGAUGCUGCUGGAUGCGUACGACGAGGAGGAGGUGAACGGCCGCAAGCGCACGGUGCUGCGUCUGCACCCGGACAUCGCGCCGUACCGGUUUGCGGUGCUGCCGCUUUCCAAGAAGCAGCCGCUGAUGGACGUUGCCCAGAAGCUGUUCGAGGAGUUGUGCGGCAGUGCCAGUGUGGACUACGACGUGGCUGGCAGCAUCGGACGGCGCUACCGUCGUCAGGAUGAGAUCGGCACGCCCAUGUGCUUGACUGUGGACUUCGAUACGCUGGAGGACAAGUGCGUGACGGUGCGAGACCGCGACACCAUGGAGCAGAAACGCGUGCCGAUUGAGCAGAUUCUUCAGGGCACUUCCGUGAAGCAUUCCAGCUUCUCCUCGUUCUAA